AUGCUGCUCAAGUACGAGAUGUUCAACCGCAAGUCAAUCUCAACACCGAUGGAGACAAAUCUGAGACUGUGUGCACAUGAAAGAAAAGAUUUAGAAGAUCCAACUAUAUAUCAACAACUAGUUGGAAGCUUGAUUUAUCUAACAAUGACAAGAUUAGAUAUUUUAUUUGCGGUUGGUGUGAUGAGCCGAUACAUGCAGAAGCCAAAGAAGCCUCACUUAGAAGCAAUACGAAGGAUCCUAAGGUACAUCAAGGGUACAGUUAACUAUGGUCUCAUAUAUAAGAAAGGAGAAGAAUGUGAGGUUUAUGGCUAUUGUGAUGCUGACUAUGCUGGAGAUCAUGACACUCGAAGGUCUACUACCGAAUAUGUGUUUAGUCUCGGUUCAACGGCUAUAUCUUAG